AUGGUGGUUUUAUCACAGCCAGUCGCCUUAGACAACCACAUAUCCGUAAUCCCAACGUACACCCCGGUUCCGGUCUUCACUUCCCAACCAAUCCCCGUCGUGGACCUAACCGACCCAGAAGCCAAAACCCUAAUCGUGAAAGCUUGUGAGGAGUUUGGUUUUUUCAAGGUUGUAAACCACGGAGUCCGAGAUGACCUCAUGACCCGGUUAGAGCAGGAGGCUAUCCGCUUUUUCGCCUUGCCCCAGUCUCUUAAGAACCAGGCCGGUCCACCUGAACCGUACGGAUAUGGUAGUAAACGGAUUGGACCAAACGGUGACGUUGGGUGGAUUGAGUAUAUCCUCCUCAAUGCUAACCCUCAGCUCUCCACCCCAAAUACAUCUGACGUUUUCGGUCAAACCCCACAGAUUUUUCGAGAGGCGGUGGACGAGUACAUGCACGAGUUGAAGGAAGUGUCGUGCAAGGUUUUGGAGAUGGUGACGGAAGGAUUAGGGAUAGAGCCAAGGGACACACUGAGUAAGAUGGUGAGAGAUGAGAAGAGUGACUCUUGCUUGAGACUGAACCAUUAUCCGACGGCGGAGGAAGAGGCGGAGAACAUGGUGAAAGUAGGGUUUGGGGAACACACAGACCCACAAAUAAUCUCAGUGCUAAGGUCCAAUGACACGGCGGGUCUUCAAAUAUGUAUGAAAGAUGGAAGUUGGGUCGCUGUCCCUCCUGAUCACUCCUCUUUUUUCAUUAAUGUUGGAGAUGCUCUUCAGGUUAUGACAAACGGAAGGUUCAAGAGUGUUAAACACAGAGUCUUAGCUGAUACAAGGAGAUCGAGAGUCUCGAUGAUAUAUUUUGGAGGACCGCCAUUGAGCGAGAAGAUAGCGCCACUUUCGUGUCUAGUCCCUAAGCAAGACGAUUGGCUUUACAAAGAAUUCACUUGGUCUCAAUACAAAUCUUCUGCUUACAAGUCUAAGCUUGGUGAUUAUAGGCUUGGUCUCUUUGAGAAACAACCUCUUCUCACACAUAUGUCUAAUGAAUGA